GAAACAGCACAUGAGUUACCGCACGCCGCAAACAAGAGGAGAAACGUGGAGAUUUUUGUCCUUAUGCUUCAUAUCAAAUCCUAUUCAUACGUUGCGUGGAGAGAACAACAUCAAUGAGAAGACAGUGUGGAUAGUAAAACCAUUCGUGGGAUAUUUUUAUAUAUGAGAACCGUUUCGUGUUCAUUUACAAAUGACUAGGACAUUUGAUCGAUGAUACCACCAGAGCAGAUGAGAACCGAUUGAUCGCCACAUCCUUGGCCCUUUCUGUCAAUCAAAGGUCCAACUUGAGCAAAGAGACGCCUCCUGCGUCCGGCUCUGAACAACCCCAUUUCCUGCUUGUGUUGGUCCCCGUGAGUGUUUCAAAACUGUUUCUCCAACGCUUUUUCCAGAAACUAAGACUGUUUUCCAAAGCAGAAACAGCACAGACCUCCCAGACUGAGGUGAUGGGAAGUGUGCGGGCCAACCGCUACAGCAUCGUGUCAUCAGAGGAGGACGGUAUGAAGUUGGCCACUGCUGCGGUGCCAAAUGGGUACGGUAACGGGAAGGGCAAGGUCCAUACCCGUCACCAGACCCAGAGCAGGUUUGUCAAAAAAGACGGACACUGCAACGUGCAGUUCAUCAACGUCAGCGAGAAGAGCCAACGCUACCUCGCCGACAUCUUCACCACGUGCGUGGAUAUUCGCUGGCGAUGGAUGUUCGUUAUCUUCUGCUUGGCCUUCCUGCUGUCGUGGCUGUUUUUUGGAUGUAUCUUCUGGCUGGUUGCAAUAUUCCACGGAGACCUGGAGAACGACGGGCCAAAGUGCGUCUCCAACGUCAGCACCUUCACGGCUGCCUUCCUCUUCUCCAUCGAGACACAGACCACUAUCGGCUACGGUUAUCGCUAUGUUACAGACGAGUGCCCCAUCGCGGUGUUCAUGGUUGUAUUCCAGAGCAUAGUCGGCUGCAUCAUUGACGCCUUCAUCAUCGGCGCCGUCAUGGCGAAGAUGGCGAAGCCCAAGAAGCGGAACGAGACUCUGGUGUUCAGCCACAAUGCUACGGUGGCCAUGAGGGACAAUAAGCUAUGUCUGAUGUGGAGGGUGGGCAACCUGCGCAAAAGCCACCUGGUUGAGGCUCACGUUCGAGCUCAGCUCCUUAGAUCUCGCACCACGGCAGAGGGAGAGUUUAUCCCUCUAGACCAGAUGGACAUCGACGUGGGCUUCGACAGUGGCAUUGACCGCAUCUUCUUGGUGUCACCGAUCACCAUCGUCCAUGAGAUCGAUGAGGAGAGCCCUUUCUACGACAUGAGCAAGCAGGAAAUGGAGAACUCUGACUUUGAAAUUGUAGUUAUCCUGGAGGGCAUGGUGGAGGCCACAGCCAUGACCACCCAGUGCCGCAGCUCCUACGUGGCCAGUGAGAUCCUGUGGGGACACCGAUUUGAGCCAGUCCUCUUCGAGGAGAAAAACUAUUACAAAGUAGACUACUCUCGCUUUCACAAGACCUACGAAGUGCCCAGCACCCCCCUGUGCAGCGCGAGAGAACUUGCUGAGAAAAAAUAUAUCCUAUCCAACUCGAAUUCUUUUUGCUAUGAGAACGAGGUGGCCCUUUCUAACAAAGAGGAGAAAGAGGAAGGGAACGGGGACAGCCUGGGCCCCGGCGGGACAAACACAGACACUAGCUCAGACUCUGACCACAGCCAGGCCACCGUUCCCUUGGAACCGCGGCCUCUACGGCGGGAAUCUGAAAUAUGACUGUUCAGAACUAGCGGAAAGGUUUUACAGACACCUCUUCAAACAGGCACAUUGAGCUGAACUGAGCCCCUCGGCGAGGCAGACUCAAGCUAACGGUACAGUUACGAGGAGGAAUCGACUGAGAAACUGUACAAGAGUGUUCUUAUGAAUAUGCAUGGUUAAAUAAAACAGCAUAGAGGCACUGCACAGCUAAUGAAGAAUGCACAUCAAGGGAGGAGGAGGAGAGAGAGUUCCCCAUUUAGGUGACACUACCUUUUUAGACCGUUGCUUCUGAAUGACAUGAAGCCGAGAGGAUGUAACUGGUUGGCAAAACUUGAAAAUGAGCAGGCAUGUGUCCAUGUGCAGUUGUCCAACGAUGUAAGAAUGAUUCGAGCUCAGACCAAUAUUUUCAUUCAGCCUUUUAACUCAUGCUGCUACCAAAGUUGAUAAUAUCGUUAUGGAAAAUUCAAAAGGUUCUGUCAAUUGAAUUAGGCGUUUUGAAUAGCUACGGAGAUUCUAAUCAUAGUUCUUUUUUAAAGAAGAAAACACAGCCAGGAGUGUUAGUCAAUGUCUUAAGUAUCAUUAAAAAGUCCUGUUCUUACCGUCUAGUUAAUUAUUCCAUCAUCCCCUCUUUUCCUUUCUAUUUAAGUCCGCCGGCCUUUGUGUGAGGCUUCGGGUAUUUCUGGAACAAUCUUGCAGGGGGCUUAGGUGGGUGACCUCUAUUUGGGAAUACAGACAAAAACAAACAUAAGGUUUGAAGCCCUCCACAGUACAUUUCAGGUUAUCUGAAGGGAGAAAUGCACAGGAACAUGCCUGUUUAUUAUGCUAUAUAUAUAUAUAUAUAUAUAUAUAUAUCGGACAGGGUCUUUAGAUCAGUAUCAGAAUGAGAAUCGCAGUCGUCUUGUCCAUACGGACAAAAAGAGUGAACGUGUUAAUGAAUGUCUUUCUACAAGUGCUGCUAUGUUGCAUAUAGUUUUAGACUUAAACCAAAGAGUAUUCAAAGUGAUCUUUCAUAAAGAAUGCAUCAAAUUCUUUUAUUAGACAUAGGACAAUAGGACAAGUCAUGACGUGGAGUAAAAAAUAUAUAUUUGUAAGUGAAAAAGAAAUGGUUUUUGUUUGCUUACGCACAUGUAUGGUUUAUUUUUAUUGAUUAUUUUCUUAUUCAAAGCCAAAUGCGUAUAAGACAAAGACUAUGAAUAACAAAGCCCAUUGGAAAUAAGAGCUACAGGUUAGCCUACCUUAUUUUCAAACCCUCCUUUCCAUCCCAUAACUUCAGUGUUAAUGUAGUCUAGUGCUACAUGAGUGUUUGGGUUGGAAAAUGUUGCUAGAAAACCUAGAUUUAAGGUUCUAUUUGCAUGGAUUACGUAGAGUUGACAAACUGUAUGAGUGUAGCUAUAUUGGCCGAACGGUUUGGACAGAAACGGGACAGAAAACAGAAUCCACUCUCCCUUCUGACGUUAAACCUCUCUAAUAAUUAAUUAUUUCUCAAUCAACUCUAACCUCUUGUCUUGCCUGACAAACUGCAAUACAACCCUAAUGACUUGUUUGGCAGGUGUACCAAGGACUGGGUAUGUAGGACUGGGUAAUUAGACUGAGAUCAUGGUACUGUGAUCCAACGACAAUCAGAACACAGAAUCUGAGCUCAGAAUCGCACUUGCACACAAAAUGUGCUCCUGAGAUAUCACUUGACGUUUGAUUGUGAUGUCUAGCUUGUCUCCUCUCACCCUUGCGUUUUCUUAAGUACCUGACGUAACCCAAAACAGCCACUAGAGCAUGUUCUCCGGAAAGCUCUAUAAAAGGAGACAAUAAAAUUAGGUGAUAUUUAUUUUGAAAAUACUGCAUGUUAUGCAGCUGUGUUAAACAUACAAAAAGUAUAAAUGCUAUCAAUGCUGUUUCAUCCAUAGCUUUUUGUUUUUGGCAUGUCAUAUUUUUUUUUUUUUUUU